GAAUUUAAUUUGUGAUUUUGUAAUAUGAAACUACACAUGCAAACACAUGUAAAUAAACAAAUAAGUAGAUUUACUACUGGCAUAUACGACACAGUGUUUGUUGUUGGUAUAAUACCGGCAUUAGUUGGACAGCAACGUUUGAAAAAGGGUUUGUUGUUGUUGGCGUUAUGAUAAGUGUAUAAUUUUUUUUUUAGUUUGGUGUCUUAAACGUGUAAAUAUGUCGAUUGUGCGCGAGCAUUGUUUUUAUUUAGAAAUGCUGGCGUUGGUUUUGAUUUAAACUGAUGAAAGGGCGCUCCACCACCCAUAACGAUAACAUCAAAUAUUUUGCCGUUGUUUAUGAAAUUUCUCAGAAGUUGCGAAGCUGACUUACGGGGAUUUAAACAACUCGGUUAAGAUACAAGUGUGAUAUUUUUUAAACAAAAAGUAGCGACUAUUAGCAUUUAAUAAAAAAUAUUUUAUUAUUCUGCUACGAAUUGUCAUAGUGAUAAAUAUUUUAACUAAGUGCUGAUUAGCUAGCUUCUUAUCGUAAAAGCUUGCUAAUAACCUCUUUGUUCCUGUUCAACUGAAAAACCUGUCAGACCUAGAAAGUUUACAGGCACUAACUGCCUUAUUUAUAAAAAUGCCAACGAACGAGGCUUCUGUUUACUUGGAAAAAGUUGUAAAACCUCUGCCUAAUUUAAGCUCAACAACAGGAAGUAUUCCAAAAGUCAGCACACAGGUUGAUGUGUCGAAUCAAAUUCAGGCAACUACAUCUUCAUCUCAUUCAAGUAGUUCGUCUAGUUCCUCGAGACCCAUAAAGUCUAUUAGUUUUGUUGAUAAUCCGCUUUACAAGUUACGAGGACAGAAAUGGACGCACUUUUUCGAAUCAAGCAGCACUGUGAAGAGUUGCAUCGAGGAAAUACCGUCCACUAUUGCAGAGGUUAAGCAACGGUCUCCGUAUAAAAUGAAACAAGUGCAACGGCUAAAUGGUAAUGACAUGCAUUAUUAUGGUAUAGCGCCCAAGCAAACAGCUUUGGAAGUUGUUGUUUGUAAUUAUUGCUCAGGGGUGUAUAAAAAAGUUGGUCUGAAAAAUCAUAUGACUUUACACCAUCCAAAUAUAUUGAGUGCAGUACCUAGUAAAAUUAUGCAAAUGGUACCAGGGGAGCAUUUGAAUUUACAUCCUACCGAUGCCACUCAAGAAAUUGUGCGUGAUAUUAUUAAUACUGAUAUAGCUGGUUCACCAUCUUCAGGCACACUGUCAACCUGUUCCAAUGCGUCUUCGUCAUCUCUUUCUUCGACAUACACUACAAGUCGUCAUAAAAGCAGUGAACACUCUUCUAGUUCAAGUAGCAUGUCUAGUGGCAGUAGCCGAUCUCGUAGUAAAUCGAAACAUCGAUCAUGUCAUUUUACACCAAGCGCGCAUUCCUCACCUUCUUCAUCAAUUAAUUUAGAAUUAUCACAAAGUUCUAGCAAAAGUUCGAAAAAAUCAUCAAGUGUAAGCUCACCUCUUGCAUCUACUAUAGUCACUUCAUCAAUUUCAACUAGUUCCAAUUCGAAUGAUGCAAUCAUGGCUAGUAAUCUUGGUGGAAGUAAAUUAUCUUCAGUGCUAGAUACAAUACAGCCUAUAACAGUUUUUUCAUCGUCGUCUAAUUCAUCGUGUUCUCUGCCUCCAACUCCAAAAAUGGUGUGUUCUAUACCAUCAGAAACAAGCUCGGUAUCGAAUGAGUACCCUUUUUCGCCAGCGGGGCUAAUUACAAUAAAAGAACCAAAAGAAAAAUUUACCGGUGAUCCGCCUUCUACAAGCAAUAUAUCAUCUAAAAAAAAGAUCAAAAGUCCUUUAUUCAUUGGACAAGAGUCUGUUGAUUCCUUAACGUCAAAUUCCAGUGCGGAAUGUGAUCGCGGAAGUGUGAACACAGCUGACUUACCAGAAAAACCAAUAAUAACAUCUGUUUCGAUUAUAAAUGGACCUAAAAUUAGAACCGAAAAAACAAUAACAAUUGAAGAAGUGUCGAAAUAUGUUCAAAAUGCAAGUGAGAUUCAACAAGCUGUGCAAUCAAUAACAAGAGAACCGGAAAAAUCGACUGAGUAUUCAAAUAUGGAAACAGGAUCAAGCAACUCAAAAACUGAUAAUAAUAAAACACAACAAUCAAGUGAAAGCAGAACUGAUAAUUUGACUAUGGAUGAUGACGCUUUACCUGAUAUCUUAACUUUACUGCCAGAACUUAAUUUUACAUCAGAAGAAGGAUCACAAGAUACAAUGCAGCAAUUUAAUCAGUCUGAAGAUACAUCGAUGCUAACUUUGGAUGACAUGUUAGACUCUAAGUUUAUUAAUGAGUUGUUGAAUAAUAGUACACCCGAUAUAACAUUUGAUGAAAAUGCAUUUGAUAUGUCAACUCAACAGAAUAAAAUACAUGAACCACCAGCCAAACGAAUGCGUUUUGAGGACCACACAGAUGCCAUGAUUAUAAGCCAACAGCAACAACAAAGCCAGAGUCAACAAAGUCAACAACAACAAAAUCCUCAACAACAAAACCAGCAACAACUGCAACAUGUGCAGGUUAGUGUCAGCGACUUUGCCAUCAUUUGCCAGCAACAAAACCCAAAACAGCAACAACCGCAGCAUACAAAACAACAAAUCCAGCAACAAGUACAAUCUCCGCAAUAUAAAUAUCAUAUACAACCUCCAUCACCAUUACAAGUUCAAAAUGUACCAAAUGUUACUCAAAAUUUACAGCCCCAAACUCAAGUACAAGUUCCACCUCUGCAGCCUUUACAACAACAGCAUACCAUACAAAUCCAACAUAUACCUCAACAGCUACAAUCCACAUUUUUUCAACAACAUUCGCACUUAUUGCAACAACAACAACAGCCAGAAGAGUAUGUACAUUUUGAACCAAACAGCACUGAUGAUAGCUUUAAAAUAUCUAUAAACGACCAAGAUACGCCUUUAACAGUAGAUUACCCAAUUCCAAUAACUAAUGCUAUAGAUGAAGAAUUAUUAUUAAUACUGAAUCAACAAAUGGAGCAAGACAAUAUACAACUACAACAACUAGAACGUGUGUUUUUAUUGCAACAAGAACAUUUCGAGCAAAAUCAAUUCGAUUCGUUAGAGCAACAACAAUUAGAACAACAGCAAUUGGAGCAACAACAAAUUGAACAACUAUUAAUAGAUCAGCAGCAACAACAAUUGGAGCAAGUCGAAAUUCAACAACCAGAGAUAGAGUUAAUACCGGACCAAAAGCCUGAUACAAAAACUAACAACGAUUUGAGCUUCCAUCUGAUGUUUGAACAAAAUUCAAUGAGUUUCGAUGAUAGUAUAUCAAUUCCACACGGAUUUGAGGAACCAACUGGUUUGAUUUUACCUUUUUCCUCCGAAUCAGAAAGUAAUGAUAAUAUCAGCUUCUGUUCGGAUAAUGCAAACUCUCCACUAACAACGAUUAAUAGCGAAAUAAAUGAAACACCCAUUAACACAAUUGAUGCACAUUUUCAAAUAUUUAGCAUUCCAUCUCUAACAGAUGAUACAGUUAACGAUGGUGAUGACAUGGUCAUAAAACCAUGCAUUAUAGAAAAUGGUCGUACAGCUCAUCCACUUUAUAUACCUACAGACGAACAGCUAAUAUAUGAAAUAACUGACUCUAAUCAAGUUGCUGUACUGAGCCAUCAAAGUUCAGAAAAAUUGAGUGACUUAUUUUCAGAUUAUAAAAUUAUCGAUCAAAUUGAUCUUACUUCGGAUGAUGAAGAAGCUAUAGAAGAAGACGAAGAAGAUCUUGAAGAUGAAUAUAUAAAUAUUGAUGAUAUAACUUUGCCACCAGAAGUGUCUGGAGAACUUUUUGAUUUCGACAUUACUCAUAUUGAAACCUACUCAAAACCUCCAGUUGUAACAAAUGUCACUGAACGCUCCUCCGGUGGUUCUGAACUUAAAUAUGGUGUACCUCACAUAUGCGAAGGUAACUCGUAUGGUUUAGUAAAAUGUGCUGUAACCAAUACACCGAUGUUUUGGAAAGAUUCGCUAUCAACAAGAUUAUCUAAAUAUAGACCUGCAGCGUUUGAUGAUAAUAUAAAUGGAUUAUCAGAAUCAAGUUCAACGAAUACUAAUCGCUUUAACUCAACUUCGGCUAAUGCUAAACAAAAGGAUGGUGGUAAAAAUAGUAAUAAUAAUUCAACUGCAAAAACUUCUGGGAAUAAUAAUGCAGGAUCCAGUGAAUUUUCAAUAAGUAGCAUUACAAUUACCAAUCCACCAAACCUAUCACAGCAUAAAUCACAAAACUCUCCUGUCGAAAUAACAGUCAAUAUAACUACAAAUUCUGCAAACAAUACACCAAAUGGAACAUCUUCAUCUCCUAUAACAGUGUUGACAAAAUCAUCGCGGCCUAAAUCAAGCGGGAACUCAAAUGCUAUAGCCAAUACAAAUACUGCUAACAACGGCACUUCCAGUAAAACGAAAUCAACUUCCAGUUCCUCAACGCCAACGAUAACAGCACCUACCUCACAAUGCAACAACCAUAACGCACGGAAUGGAAUUGUUUAUAAAGGCAUAAAAUGUAAACCGGUAAAUAAUAGACGCGCAGCUCUAAUACCAAAAUUAAGUGAUUAUAAACAUGGUAUAGUAACACCGAAACUCAUAAAAGAUUUAAUUAAGGGGAAGAACUCACGUUCAUCUUCACAACAACAACAACAACAACAACAACAACAGCAACAACAAUUAGAUAACCAUCAACAAAAUAACUUAAUUGUUAGUAAUGGUUUGCCUGAAAUAAAUUAUCCUGUACUUAAGUCAAACGAGAAGGUGCGUGAAUUCUAUGAAAGACGACGUACGCUACUCAAUUUAACAAAUCUUUCAGCGGAAAAACGUAGAAUGUAUUAUGAACAAAUGCAGAAAAAUCAAAAAGCAUCGAAUAUGUUAACAAAGAAGAGCUCCACAGAACCAACGGUUAAUGUUGUGCUAUCAAAUUCUAAUUCAAAUUCUUUAUCUAGCCCUACUAAUUGCGAUUUGUCGAUAUUUAGUUGAAACCUCAACAUAUUGAGAUUAAUUUAUUUUACAUUAUUAUUAAGUUUAUUUUUUUUUGAAUACUUCAGCUUAGUUAAAACAGUAAAUGCCAUUAUAUGAAUUCGUACAUGAAUUCAUACAUUCAUUCAAAUUCAAAUACAUACAAAUAUAUCAAUAUCUUUUUUAACAAUAACAUUGUACUAUGUACAUUUAACAGCCAUUGUGCAUUUCUAUCUACUUUUUAAACAUGUAUCUAAAAAAUAUCAUAUUUGUAACUUUAGUAUGUAAAAGACACCAA